UAAACAAAAACUGGUGUCAGCUUUGUCACUGUGGAAUCAUGGAUGAAUAUUUCAACUGCAAAGAAGCAACAUUGUCUUCAGUUCAGUGUUUAAGACAGUUUGUCAACGAUCGCCUAAGUGCUGCGGCUGAAGAAAUAGUCCAAGUCUUUGAAAAAACUGUCGUCGAUUACGAAAAAGAGAUCAAGCGUCAGCGCAAACUGCUGGCCAUCGUUUGGAAGCCUCAAGUAAAGUUACACAGAACAGAACUUCAACAACAUAAUUUCUUCAAGGUGAAACAGAUUGAGACUGAGCAGCAGCUCUGUAACUGUGAGGGGAACUCCAGUUUGGACCAAAAGGACUUGGAGCCAGAACAGAUUAAAGUGGAAAAUGGGGAACGCCGCACUAGUCAGGACAAAGAACAGUUUGUACUAAAACAAGAAACUGACACAUUUUUGCUGACUCUUACAUGUGACGAAGAUACAGACCAAAUUCCCCACUUGAAUACUGCUCAAUCUCAGCAUGAUCCAGAGGAGGAAUCCUUAGACACCAUAUCAAUUAAAAAUUCUGAGGAAUCAGAGCUCAACACUAACCAUCGCCUCCUCUCUAAGUACUCUGAUAUACCAGAGAACCAAGAUCACAUAGGAGACAAGCAUGGACAUUCAGGAUCAACUGAACACACGGACACAACACUACAAAAAAGACAACAAAAAAGUAAAGAUAAACACAAUCCUUUUGUGUUAAAGAGUCCCUUUUAUAGUCGCACAGGUCAAAAAUGGGAAUAUAGAUGUGAGACCUGUGGGAAAGCAUUUCCAUUUAAGUCCAAAUUAAUCAGACACCUGAGAAUCCACACAGGAGUGAAGCCAUACUGUUGCAACUUCUGUGGUAAAAGAUUCAAUCAGACAUCAAUACUGAAGGUUCAUCAGAGAAUCCACACUGGCGAGAAGCCGUAUUCCUGUGACAUCUGCGGAAAAAGAUUCAACCAGAAAUCAAUACUGAAUGUUCAUAAAAGAACCCACUCGCUUGAGAGGCCAUAUUCCUGUGAUAUCUGUGGUAAAAGAUUCAAUCAGGAGUCAAAACUGGAGUCUCAUGUUAUAUGGCACGCAGAGCUUCCACAGGAAUAUUUCCUUAGGGAGGAGAUUCUCUUUAAGCAGCAGUUCUGCAACCAGGAGAGGAACUACUCUUUAGACCAAAAGGACUCCAAGUCUCCACAAGUGAAGGAAGAACAGGAUGACCUCUUCACCAGUCAGGAAAAAGAGCAGUGUGUGCUGAAACAGGAGAGUAAUAGAUUUAUGCCGACUUUUCCAUAUGACAAAUUUGACCACAGUGCAGCUCAAAGUGCAUCAGAGUCCAUGCACAACAUGUCAGAGUACAAAGGGGGCAAACAAACAGAAAAAAGACAUCACAAAAGCAGUUAUUUCUAUAAUCCUAUCCCGCUUAAGACUCAAUUUAAUUCUUACGUGGCUAAAAAGUGUGAGUUCAAAUGUGAAACUUGUGGGAAAAUAUUUCAGUUUAAGUCCAGAUUGAUUAGACACCUGAGAAUCCACACGGGAGUGAGACCAUUCUGGUGUCACAUCUGUGGUAAAAGAUUCAAUCAGAAAUCAAUAUUGAAAGUUCAUCAAAGGAUCCACACCGGCGAGAGGCCGUACUCUUGUGACGUCUGUGGAAAAAGAUUUAAUCAGGCUUCAAUACUGAACGUUCAUAAAAGAGUCCACACGGGCGAGAGGCCUUAUUCUUGUGAAGUCUGUGGUAAAAGUUUCACGCAGAAAUCAAUUCUUAAUGGUCAUAAAAUUAUCCACACAGGCGAGAGGCCGUAUUCCUGCAAAGCAUGUGGCAAAUGUCUCAGGAGUCAGUCCAGCUUGUUGGUCCACAUGAAAACACAUUCAGAUGAGAAGGCAGACUGUUAUAGCACAUAACUGUUCCUGAAAACUGAAUGAAAAAGCUCAUUGGAGAGAAUCGCUGCAUUAAUUAAAGGUUCGCUAACUUGUACAUAUUGAAAAACAUGACAUUAUAUGUGGGAAAAGAUUAUUUCAAAUGCAUGUCUUUCUCACAUUCACCUGGAAAAGAAUGUUGAGCAUUGCAUAGGCAUGCUGCCUUGAUAUCCCCUGUAUCAAUAAUAAUGAAAUAUUGAAUGUAAUCAAAUAGAAAAGUGGCAAAUUCAUGGUGAGUGAGUAUACAUGCUGAGGAGGUUUCCUUGUUCCUGUUUUUUAUGUAUUUAUUUCUACUUUGUUACUGUGAUAGAAUGUGACUGUGAUAUCUCCUAACAUGUAGCAUUAUCAAAACAAAACUGGUCUUGAUUAUAGAUGAACUGAUCAUCAAAUGCUGAUAAAAAUCACUGAUUUCUGCAGUGCACAGAGAAGUUCAUAAAAAUGGGUCUAGCGUUUAUGGUGAAAAGAAUUCAAGCUCACAUCAGCUUAUCUCAUUGGAGGGAACAGACUUAGGGACCUGCUGCUAGUUCACGAAAAAAAGUGGGUCAAUGGUAAAAAAAAGAUGUGAAGAAAAAGUGUAAUUACUCAUGAUUAGAUCAUUUCAUCCUUCGCUGAUUGCUGAUCUAACAUUCAGUCUUUAAAUGUGCACAAAAAAUGUCAGACAUUAUGCUAAUAUUUUGCAACAGGGUGUCAGAUUCUGGAGAAAUAGCCUUAUUUCAAAAGUAGUGGGCUCUGUAAAAAAAAAAAAAAAAUCAUCACUCCUUUCAGUGUAGUCUUUAGCUAUUGUGAUAUUGCAGAUACGCUGACAAGAGAUAUAUGAUAAUUAAAUUUAAUGCUUCAUAUGAGCAUACACCUUAUAUAUCUAUUGAUACAUGUAUUUAAUGUUGGAAUGUUGGAAAACGGAUAUAUUUCAACAAAAACAAAAGGUGAUUAUCAUCUUUAGGAUAUUUUUUUUUCUUUUACAGUAUUUAUAAGAGAAGUGUGAACCGUGGUGUUGAUCUAAAAAACAUUUUCUGAUGUUUUUAAUUUAAUGUUAUGAUUAUUAUUAUUAUUAUUAUUAUUAUUAUUAUAGGGUUAGGGUACCCUAACCCUAAAAAAUGAACAUCUGGAAUAUUCAUGUAUAUAUUUAACUAAUAUAUGUUGCUAAUAGAAUGUACGUUGAAAAAAAUGCAUAUUUUGACCAGUGCCUGAAUAAA